AUGGCCCCAUUGCGCCUCAAGGUUGAGGGGCAGUCCUUUCGAGAUCCUCACAAUCGGGAGAUCACACUGAGGGGAAUCAACGUCGCGGCUGAUGCCAAAUACCCAAAGACACCUGAUAUCCCUACAUACAUCGCCGACAACUUCUUCGAUGCGGAUAAUGUCUCAUUUGUUGGACGACCAUUUCCACUGGAAGAAGCGCAUACUCAUUUCAGGCGACUUAGAAAAUGGGGUUAUAACACUAUCAGAUAUAUCUUUACCUGGGAAGCUAUUGAGCACGCGGGACCGGGGGUUUACGACCAUGACUGGGUUGCAUUUACCAUAGAAGUGCUCCGGAUAGCCAAACAAUACGACUUUUGGGUCUUUAUGGAUCCACAUCAGGAUGUGUGGUCUAGGUUCUCUGGGGGAUCUGGGGCACCUAUGUGGACACUCUAUGCAGCUGGACUUAAUCCCAAAGCUUUCAAGACCACGGAAGCCGCCUUGGUACAAAACACAUAUGAUGUCCCCGCGGAAUUCCCCAAAAUGAUCUGGAGCACAAAUUACACUAGGCUUGUUUGCCAAACCAUGUUUACCUUGUUUUGGGCUGGACGGGACUUUGCUCCCAAGGCAGUCAUUGAUGGGGUGAAUAUUCAAGAGUAUCUCCAAAGCCACUUCAUCAAUGCGUGUGCAUACUUGGCUCAGAAAAUCCACGAAGCCGGUGACCUCGAUGGCGAGGUGAUUAUUGGCUGGGAAAGCAUGAACGAGCCUCAUCGUGGUAUCAUUGGCGUGCAAGACAUCUCGGUAAUUCCACCAGAACAGCAGCUCCAACUUGGUACCUCGCCAACAGCAUUUCAAGCAAUGCUCACCGGGUCUGGAAAAGCUUGUGAGCAGACAACAUGGGCUUUCGGAAACUUUGGUCCUUACAAAACAGGCACAAAUCUUGUGGAUCCUGCGGGUGACAUAGCCUGGUUGCCAGCUGAUCACGAUGAUAGCAAGUAUGGCUGGCACCGUGACCCUGGGUGGAAACUUGGGGAGUGCAUCUGGGCUCAGCAUGGUGUUUGGGAUCCGUCUACCGACACCCUCCUGCAAAAGGAUUAUUUCUCCAAGAGCCCUCAAACCGGCAAGCCACUCGAUUACGAGAAGUUUACAAACUCAUAUUUCUUGGACCAUUAUCGAGCAUAUAAAGACGCUAUUCGGGGAAUCUGGCCCGAUGCAAUAAUGUUUUGCCAGCCACCUGUGAUGGAGGUGCCACCAGAUGUCAAGGGCACUGCUGAUGAUGAUCCAAAUAUGGUCCAUGCAGUCCACUACUAUGAUGGGUUGACUCUUUUGACAAAGCACUGGAACCGACUCUACAAUGUGGAUGUCAUUGGUGUUCUCCGCGGUAAAUACCUUACACCUGCCUUUGCGGUCAAGAUUGGCGAGUCAGCUAUUCGAAAUUGUUUGCGUGACCAGCUUAAAUUCCUUCGUGAUGAAAGCCGAAACUACAUGGGCAGUCAUCCCGUGGUAUUCACAGAAAUCGGAAUCCCCUAUGACAUGGACGAGAAAAACGCCUACAAGACCGGUGAUUAUAGCAGUCAAACCAGCGCCAUGGACGCAAACCAUUUCGCAUUGGAAGGCAGUACUUCUAAUGGCUUUACCCUCUGGGUAUAUGUCACUCAGAAUGACCAUGAAUGGGGUGACCAAUGGAAUGGGGAGGACUUGUCUAUAUUCUCCCUCGAUGAUCUCGAAUUGCCGGCGGGAAGUUCCGCCAGGUCCCUCAAUCCUCAAUCCCCAGCCUACUCGGAAAGUCGCAGUAGCAGAGAAGAAACAGCGGUUGAACCUCGGAAUCUCAAAGGUGCUUUGGUAACGCCUUCAAUUUCCAGCGACCAAUCCCAGCCAUCUGUGCGACAGACGCAAGGAUAUCGCGCAGCAGAGGCAUACCUCCGCCCGAGUCCAACUUUUGUGAGCGGCAAAUUGGAGAGCCAUGUUUUCGAUCUCAAGAACUGUGCCUUCACUCUAUCAUUGACAGCCAAAGGGCCUACCACCGCAACUGCCCCAACUGAGAUAUAUCUUCCAGAGUUCCAUUUCCCAGAGACCAACCUUGUCGUCGCAGUCAGUGGCGGCAAAUGGGAUAUUAAUAUCCAUGACAUCCAGGGAAUUAAGCUGCAGCAUCUGCGAUGGUGGCAUGGCGAGGGAGAACAGGACAUCAAGAUCGAAGGACUCAAGCGCAAGCCUGGAGAAUUUUCUAACCCGGGAGGGGAGGAUGUGAGUUAUCUGGAACAAUGCCAGAGGGGCCAAUGUGCCAUGAUGUGA